AUGUCACCCCUCACACCACAGGAAGCCCACUUUGAGCCACGUCUUUCGGCAACAUGAAUUCUCGAACUACGAGCCGGGAAAAUUAGAAAGAACUUGUUUUCUAUCGAAGGUUUUGAAUCCGCUAUUUUUAAAGAUCAAGUUCCCACGGAACCGAUAUAUCUGGGCACCCUCGGUCUCCAGGGUGACAGCCAUGCGUACUCUGAUUCCGGCGGUCCGGAUAAAGCGCUGUUGCACUAUGCCACAAGCCAUUAUGAAGCCUGGAAAAACGAGAUGCCAAUUUCUGCUAUCGUAGAACAUGGUGGAUUUGGAGAAAAUAUCCUGACGGGCCCAAAUGAUGGGUAUACCGAGCAUACGAUUUGCGUCGGCGACAUUUUCUGCAUUGGAAAUAACGGUGUCAAAAUUCAGGUCACACAAUCUCGACAGCCAUGUUACAAGCUGAAUCAUAGAUUUGGUGUCGAAGAUAUGGCAACAAGAUCUCAGAAAAGCAGACGGACUGGCUGGCAUAAUCGGGUUCUUGUCGCUGGGUACAUCCAACCAGGUGAUGAGAUGAGCUUGGUUGAACGGAAGAAUCCCGAAUGGCCGCUUAGUCGUGUUCAACAUUAUCUGUACGACGAUACACGCAACUUCAAAGUGAUGACGGAGUUGGUAAAAAUAACAGAACUGGGAGAAGAAUCCAAGGCAAUAUUUCGUGCGCGGGUCGAAAACCACAAAGAAACGCUCGAGAGCAUGCGCCUUCGGAAACUCGAUUUAGCAACCUCGGGAUGGGCUCAAUAUGAAUUGGUAGAGAAAAGGAAGGAAACGGAGUUGAUUUCAUCCUUCGUAUUUGAAAGACUUGAAAAGCAAAAACAUCCAAAGAGAGCCAUUCCUGGAGCACAUAUUCGAGUCCGGACUGGAGAAUCAAGAAAUCUCCUCAGAGCCUACUCUGUUGUCGAAGGUGACAGUAACAGCUUUACCAUCGGCGUUUCUGAGGAGCCGAACUCAAAGGGAGGAUCAAAGUAUCUACACGAAGACCUCAAGUUACAUGAUAUGGUAUUGUUUAGCGACAUUGGUAGUAACUUCCCUCUUGUGAAUGGUCCUGUCUGUGAAAACCACAUUUUCGUCGCUGGUGGCAUUGGAAUCACAGAAUUUUUAGCGAGCGCUCGCAUUUUGAAACAAAGAGGUAUUCCUUUUACUCUUCACUAUGCCGUAAAGCGUGAACAAGAUGUGGCAUUCCGAGAAAUCCUGGACGAGUUCUCAGAUAACGUCAAGUUUUGUAUCUCGUCAAAUGGAACGAGACUCGAUAUUCCAUCUCUAUUCAAGAAAUCCAACAACCAAACGCACAUUUACACAUGCGGUCCGGAUAGACUUUUGGAGGCUGUCAAAACCACUCCGGCCAAGUUGGACUUCCCCUCGUCCAACAUCCAUUCCUCGACCUUUGUCACCACAAACUCAGGCGAUCCUUUCACGGUUAGAAUUGAAAGUCAGUGCAAAGAGUUUCAAAUUCAAGAAGAAGAAUCGGUACUCGAUGUUCUUAGAAGUGCUGGAUUCGAGGUUCCGAGCAGUUGUGAAGUUGGAAACUGUGGAACUUGUAAGGUUGGUGUAAAAGAUGGAAGGAUUGAACAUAGGGGGACUGGAUUAUCUGAUGGUGAUAAGGAGAAGUUUAUGCUGAGUUGUGUUAGUAGAGGAAUCGGAGCUAUAUCCAUAGACUUUUAA